AAUUAGUCGUUGCAUUUGCAGAUCUCUCUCUCCUUCCAAAUCCGAAAUCCUGAGUUUUUGUUACCACUAUGUCUUCCAAUUCCGAGCACUCCGAAUUGCAGAACGGACCCCCCGAACCUGAAUCCGAACCCGAAGCUGCAGCUGCAGUUGCAGUUGCUGCCGGACCUCCCGCUGCCGAUCCAGAUCCCCAGCUACCUGAUCCCAGCGACGCCGAAGUACAACAGCCGCCUGAUGCGGAGAUAUCUGGUGAAGUGCAAUCUGUUGAUGCUGAUGAGGCGGCGAAUUCUGUGCCGGAAGCAGAAAUUCCGGAUGAAUCAAGUGGCGCGGCGGCGGUGCAGUCGAACCAGGAGGCCGAGAGCGAUUCGAAGCUGGCGGCGGCGGAAGGGAAUCGGACGUUUACUAUGAGAGAAUUGCUGAAUGAAUUGAAGAAUGGAGAUGCUAAUGACAACGAUGGGAGAGAGGUCGAUACUCCUCGUAGCCUAGCGAACUCAGAACAGCAAAUUGAGCAGAAUAAUGCUGCUAUGGAGUUGAUUAAUAGUGUCACGGGUCUUGACGAGGAAGGUAGAUCCCGUCAAAGGAUUCUUACAUUCGCUGCCAAGAGAUAUGCAACUGCUCUAGAAAGAAAUCCAGAUGAUUAUGAUGCAUUGUACAAUUGGGCGCUGGUUCUUCAGGAAAGUGCUGAUAAUGUGAAUCCAGAAUCUAGUUCUCCUUCGAAGGAUGCUUUGCUUGAAGAAGCAUGCAGAAAGUAUGAGGAGGCUACCCGUCUUUGCCCCACGCUUAAUGAUGCUUAUUAUAAUUGGGCUAUAGCAAUCUCUGACCGGGCAAAAAUGCGUGGCCGUACAAAGGAAGCAGAGGAGCUCUGGAAACAGGCUACGAAGAAUUACGAAAAGGCUGUCCAACUGAAUUGGAACAGUCCCCAGGCACUUAACAAUUGGGGACUUGCUCUGCAGGAACUCAGUGCCAUUGUUCCGGCUCGUGAGAAACAGACGAUAGUGAAAACUGCUAUAGGCAAGUUCCGUUCAGCGAUCCAGUUACAGUUUGAUUUCCAUAGGGCGAUCUACAAUCUUGGAACUGUUCUGUAUGGAUUAGCAGAGGACAUAUCAAGAACUGGAGGACAUGUGAAUCCAAAGGAUGUCUCUCCUGAUGAGUUAUACAGCCAAUCUGCUAUAUACAUUGCAGCUGCGCAUGCUUUGAAGCCCAAUUACUCGGUUUACACUAGUGCUUUAAAGCUUGUGCGAUCUAUGCUUCCUCUGCCAUAUCUGAAGGUUGGUUAUCUGACGGCACCACCAAUUGGAAAUCCAGUUGCCCCUCACAGUGAUUGGAAACGUUCGCAAUUUGCGCUAAAUCAAGAAGGGCUCCAACAGAUUAGCUUUGAGCAAAGACAUUCCUCAGCGAGCCUCUCGUCAAAAUCAGGAGAUAUGCAGAACGGUAAAGCUGCCAUAAGAAUCGAUGUCCCAGAUAUCGUUUCUAUUUCCGCAUGUGCAGAUCUUACAUUGCCACCUGGCGCAGGCCUGUGCAUUGACACAAUUAGCGGACCUAUUUUCCUGGUUGCAGAGUCUUGGGAAUCUUUAGACGGAUGGCUUGAUGCCAUUCGACUAGUUUACACCAUUUUUGCACGGGGUAAGAGCGAUGUUUUGGCCGGCAUAAUAAUUGCCUAAUCUUUUUUGUAUCUGUAAAUUAUGAGCUUGACACUGCAAAUAUUUUUUUUUUUGUUUCUAAGCAAGAAUUUGUUGCUCAUGUCAUGUAGUAGACUUGUAUAUUAGUCAAUUAUUUUGCUAUAAAAUCACGCAAGGUUUUAUAGGACUCUCUUUCAGUGCCAUAUAGUUGAAAGUUGAUUA